AUGGGUGAUAAACAACAACAGAUAUUAAAAGAAAGGAAUGAAGAAUCAUUAUUUGAAUCAUUCAAUGUAUGGCCUGAAGAAAUUGUAUUGGAAUGUUUAUCACAAGUAGCAGGAUCAGAAGAAGAACAGAUUCACUUGGAUUCUAUAGAUAGAGCAACCGCUGUCAAUAUGUUGGUCGAUGAUGUUAGAAAUCUGGGUAUUGAAGCAUUCGUCUCUAGACUGCCAAUAGAUGUCACCGAAGAGACUUGCUCGCUACUCGAACUCUCAGCUGCCAAUAGUGAAGUGGUCGAAGAAACUCGUCAAGAGAUUGAAAGUUUGAUGAAGAGUGAGCCAUUACUAUCGUAUUUCAAUCGAUUGACACCUCAUCUUCUCUACAGCUAUUGUAUUGGAACUGGUAUAAAGUUGGCUAAAUCUUUCUCUACAAACUCUCCUAUUCAUACAUCAUCAUCAUCAUCCUCCUCCUCUAAUAAUAGUGGACUACAACCAACAUUGAUGGUACCAGCAUCAACACACACAUCGGUUACAUAUGUAAACUCUACACCAAUGGUAAAGGUACUGGACAACACCACGAUCAUAUCGACACAUACAACUAAAUCAUCGACUCAACGAUUCACGGGAGCUAGACAAAUGACACUUGGCGAAGGUGUCUUUGAAGGAUCAUCAAAGACACAAAUAAUGAAAAGACUACUCAUCGAGGAGAUCCUCUUGGGCGGCAUUGAAAACAUUCUCUACCUUCAAAAAAUUGAUACACUCUCAAAGAUUUGUCAAUAUUUAAAUGUCAAAGAGAAAAUACCAACUAAAUUUUCAGAGAUUGUAUCAAUCAUUGUACCAUAUUUAUUUUAUCAACAAUCAUCAUUACCAAUAUCACCACUUUCUUCUGAUAUUAGUAACCAUCAACAACAACAAACCAAUAAUAAUAAUAAUAAUGUAAAUAAGAAUAAGAAUACCUCAACAACUACAACUACAACCAAGACAUCAACAACAUUAAAGAAUCCAUCAGAAAAUUUAAAGAGAAAAUAUCCACAAACACCAGGAACAUCAAAUAAUUCAUCAACAUCUACAGAAGAAACAUCUGAUGAUGAUAAUACAUCUAGUGAUGUAUCAAGUGAUGGACAACAGGAAGGACAGGAAGAAGAAAAGAUAUUAAAAAAAAAGAAAUAUACUAGUGGUAGCAGUGGAAAACUUCAAUUUUCAACAAAUUUGUCAACUGAUGAAGAAGACCAGGAAAUUGAUUCACCAGCCGAUAAUAGAAUGAGCAUUGCUGACAUUAAAGAUGGUGUAGAAAAGAAACAACUCGAAAAGAUGUAUGUCAAGGAUUUAAAACAUUGGUUGAAAUCUAAAAACUUGAAAUCAGAUGAUAAGAAAUCGGUUCUCAUCGAUAGGAUACUUUCUUAUUUCAAACAAGCAACAAAAAAAACAAAAGAAACAAGUGAGUCAGAUACUGAUAGUGGUAAAACAAAAGAAUCAACUAUUUAA